CCUGCUCAUCACAAUGAACGCUCUCCUGGGCAGCCUCCUGGCCUUUGCCACCUUCGUGACUCUGUGCAAUGCUGAGUGCCGUGUCAUACCGCGUGAGGGAACUGUAGGUGCUUCUUCCAGCGAAUGCAAGGGCAGUGAUGGAACCAUACACCGGUUCCAGGCAGUGUGGAAUAAUCGCAACUGUGAAAGGUGCUUUUGCGAAGAAGAUGGAAUUCACUGUUGCAGCGUUGUUUCCAAACCCAUGAAUUAUGAUGAAAAGAAGUGCAAGAAAAUCUUCCACCAGAAUAACUGCAGCUUUACCGUGGUGGAGAAGGAGAACCCAGAAAAGACCUGUUUUGUCAAAGCAUGGAUAAUGUAAUGUGCUUCUAAUGGGCCCAGGGCUCU